AUGUUAGCGUGCAAACCUAUUACUACACCGAUCGAUCAGAGGUUUAAGCUGAGUGUUGAGGCAGGAGAACCAGUUGAUCGUGAGAGAUAUCAGAGGCUAGUUGGCAGGUUGAUCUACCUGAGUCACACACGUCCAGACAUCUCAUUUGCUGUGAGCGUGGUGAGCCGCUACAUGCAUGACACGAGGAAGGGUCAUAUGGACGUAGUAUACCUGAUCCUGAAGUAUCUGAAGGGUGCCCAUGUCAAAGGGCUACUAUUCAAGAGGAGUGGUCAUGUGAACAUUGAGGGCUACUGUGACUCAGAUUGGGCUAGCUGCGGAGAUGAUAGGAGGUCUACCUCAGGAUAUUGCAUAUUUGUAGGAGGCAACUUGGUCUCCUGGAAAAGCAAGAAGCAAUUUGUGGUGGCAAGAUCAACAACUGAAGCGGAGUACAGAGCCAUGGCCUUGAGGGUUGCGGAGUUGAUGUGGCUGAAAAGCAUGUUGGUAGAGCUGAAGCUAGAUCAAGGGGCCAAUAUUAUGAACAUGUGGUAUUUUCCCGCCACAAAAUAUAGCUUAUGGUAUAUUAAGUGA